GGAUCCUCUUCUUUCUCUAUAUGUUUCUAUAAGUAAAUACUCUAUGUGAAUCUGAUCUUCCAAAAUAUGACUUGCUUGAUGCAGUAGAGGGUCAGGUGCUUAUAUUUCUACUUCCUUAAAGAAAUAUUAGAGCAAAGAAAGAAGCAAUAAACUUUGAGUAGAACAGUGUUAAUACUUCACUUGGAGAUUGCUAUGUAUAGUCUGGAUGGACAUUCACAAGCCUAUUUGUAGCCUUACUAUUUCAUAUGAAGAUCCUGGACCAGAUUCUGAAAUAGCAGAUUAUUUUUGUGGGACCAACUAUAGAACUGCGCCAAAGAAAAAAGCCAAAGUCUUCAGAAAAUAAGGAGUCUGCCAAAGAAGAGAAAAUCAGUGUUACUCCUGUUCCUGAAAGAGCUCCAAAACAUGUGUUAUUUCAACGUUUUGCAAAGAUUUUCAUUGGCUGUCUUGCAGCAGUUACUAGUGGUAUGAUGUAUGCUCUCUACUUAUCAGCUUACCAUGAACGGAAAUUCUGGUUUUCCAACAGACAGGAGCUUGAACGGGAAAUCACAUUUCAGGGUGACAGUGCUAUUUAUUACUCCUACUAUAAAGAUAUGUUAAAGGCACCUUCAUUUGAAAGAGGUGUUUACGAACUGACACAUAAUAACAAAACUGUAUCUCUGAAGACUAUAAAUGCAGUACAGCAAAUGUCUCUAUAUCCAGAACUUAUUGCCAGCGUUUUAUAUCAAGCAACUGGUAGCAAUGAGAUGAUUGAGCCAGUUUAUUUCUAUAUUGGCAUUGUUUUUGGAUUGCAAGGAAUAUAUGUUACUGCAUUAUUUGUUACAAGUUGGCUUAUGAGUGGAACAUGGCUAGCAGGAAUGCUUACUGUUGCAUGGUUUAUUAUUAAUAGGGUAGAUACAACAAGAAUUGAAUACUCCAUUCCUUUAAGAGAAAACUGGGCACUACCAUAUUUCGCCUGUCAAGUUGCUGCACUUACAGGCUAUUUAAAAUGCAACUUAAAUUCUUAUGCAGAGAGGUUUUGCUACUUGUUGAUGAGUGCUUCAACUUACACCUUUAUGAUGAUGUGGGAGUAUAGCCAUUAUCUCUUGUUUCUUCAAGCAAUAUCUCUGUUCCUGCUAGAUAUCUUUUCAGUGGACCAAAGUGACAAGGUUCAUGAAGUGUAUAAAAUCUAUAUAUUUUCUCUCUUUCUGGGAUAUUUACUGCAGUUUGAGAAUCCAGCUUUAUUGGUAUCUCCUUUAUUAAGUUUAGUAGCAGCCUUAAUGCUUACUAAGUGCCUUCAGCUGAAUGUGAAGAAAGGAACUUUUAUAGCUAAAAUAAUGAAAGUGAUUAAUUUUUACUUGGUGUGCACUCUGACAGUGACAUUGAAUAUUAUAAUGAAGAUGUUUGUACCACACAAAGAAAAUGGACACAUGCUGAAAUUCCUUGAAGUAAAAUUUGGACUAAAUAUGACUAAGAAUUUUACAAUGAAUUGGCUCCUCUGUCAAGAGUCCCUCCAGGCACCAUCUCAAGAUUUUUUUUUGCGAUUGACACAAUCUUCUUUAUUACCAUUCUAUAUUUUAGUCUUAAUAAUUUGUCUUCUUUCUAUGACACAAGUUAUUAUUAGGAGAAUUAAUGGUAAAUCCCUGAAAGAAACUGUUACUCUUGAAGAUGGACGAAUUGGAGAAAGACCAGAAAUAAUAUAUCAUGUAAUUCACACUAUUUUAUUGGGUUCUCUUGCAAUGGUUAUAGAAGGCCUGAAAUAUAUUUGGACUCCUUAUGUGUGCAUGUUAGCAGCAUUUGGUGUAUGUUCCCCUGAACUUUGGAUGACACUUUUCAAGUGGCUUCGAUUAAGAACUAUACACCCAAUAUUGUUGGCUCUUAUUUUGAGCAUGGCUGUGCCCACUAUAAUAGGUCUCAGUUUAUGGAAAGAGUUCUUUCCAAGAUUAAUGACAGAAUUAACGGAACUACAGGAAUUCUAUGACCCAGAUACAGUGGAACUUAUGACCUGGAUAAAAAGGCAAGCUCCAAUUGCAGCUGUGUUUGCAGGGAGUCCACAGUUAAUGGGUGCAAUUAAAUUAUGCACUGGAUGGAUGGUGACAAGCUUGCCUCUUUAUAAUGAUGACGAUCUCCUCAAGAGAAAUGAAAAUAUUUACCAAAUCUAUUCAAAGCGAUCUGCUGAAGAUAUUUAUAAAAUACUGACAUCCUACAAAGCUAAUUAUCUAAUUGUGGAAGAUGCUAUCUGCAAUGAAGUGGGAACCAUGAGAGGUUGUAGGGUUAAAGAUUUGCUAGAUGUUGCAAAUGGCCACGAAAUAGAAAAAGAGGGAACACUUCCAAACUCAUUCUAUGAGGCCAGUAUCACCAUGAUUCCAAAUCCAGGCAAAGACACGUCAAAAAAAGAAAACUUCAGACCAGUGGUUUGUGAAGAAGGUGACAAGUUAACCUACUCAAAAUAUGGACGAUUUUGUCAUGAGGUCAAAAUUAACUAUUCUCCAUAUGUGAAUUAUUUUACUAGAGUAUACUGGAACAGAUCCUAUUUUGUUUAUAAAAUCAACACUGUGAUAUCCUUUCAAUCUUGAAAAAUAAUAGAGCCUUCGUUUCAAAGACUUAUGCCACCUGAAGUAAAAUGAGAUUUUCUUUUACCUAUAUGGUGUCUGUUGCAAAUCAGAGUAUGGACAUUUGAAAUGCUGCUGCUCCUUUUUCCCUCCUGCUAUUAACUGAGUCCAGGAUUUUGUGGGAAACAGAAAAAUGUCAAAUCUAUCACUCCGCAAUAUUCCAGGCAGGUUUUUUCCUUAGUAUUACACAGUCUUUAAAGAUUUACCUAUUGCAAGUUUCCCCAUGAAUCUUUCUAAUCAUAAUAUUGAUCUUGAAUUUGAAUUUGUCCUAUGUCUCAAAUGUAAUAUUUAAUUAAUACUUAAUGUGAUAUAGUUAUAUAAUACAAGGAAAGAUUAUUCUUCAACUUUCUGAAGGUAUUUGUUUAGUGGCUUAUAGCAACUAAAAUUUGACAAUAAAAACUAAUUUAAAUGUUAGUUGAAAAUAUGUAACAUUUAAAUUAAAAUGGAAAUUAUAUAAAAGAAAGUGAUUUUCAAGGAUAUACAUAAAUAUAUCCUGAAUUUGCCAUGAUACUGCUUUCAUCUUCUGCUGCUUAUACAAGUGAACACUUUCUUUGUAAUACAGGCGCAUGUUAUUGCAUUUUUUUAUUUUAUAACUAUUAAAACAAUUAUCUUUUUUCACUUAUGUCCUUUAAUUUGAUAACACUUAAAUCAUGAUAAAACAGUAACUUUUGUUACAUAUAUAUAUAUUUUUUAAAUAGACCUUGAAAAGAAUGUUUAGAAUUUUUUUAAAAAUACGAAUUUAGGGUAUGCGAUGUAUUCACAUGGUUUCUAUGGAAGUAUUAAGUAAAAAGUUAAAGCUUUGUCAGAAUUAGAAUAUGUACACUACAAUGAGCACCAACUUUAUGAAGUAUGUGUGUGUGUAUACACACACACACAUAUAUAUAUAUGCAGAUGCAUAUAGAUAUGCAUAUAGAUAUGUUUAUUAUAGAACGCAAGCAAUGUUAUUUAAGAAACUGUGGUAUGAUUUUCAUCAUUAAGAACAAAAUGACAGUUAUAAUAAAAUUUACAGCACUGUUUUACAGCAUAAA